GAAAAACUUGAUAACCACAUCGAAUGAAAAUUAUCUGUAUCAUUUUUUUAAAAUACAUAUUGUGGAAUCAUCCAUUCGAACUUAAAAAAAAAUGGCAUCAAAAAUUUUACGACCAACAAUUUAUGCAAUACCUGAACGUAAUAAAGAACCAAUAUUGAAUGUUUUGAAACAAAUAUUUCAACAACGUUUUGAUUAUAAAUUAUCAUCAUCAGAUGAUGAUGAUAAUGGCGAUGAUGGUAAAUCAUCAUCGAUGUUGUUAAAAUUUCUUGAAAUUGGAAGUUGUUCAGGACAACAUUUAGCACAUUUUGCCAGAAAUUUUCCCAAUAUUGAAUUUCAACCAUCCGAUAUUGGUACAUCUAAUUUAUUCGAUUCAAUUGAAGCAUUUCGUCAAGGUUUAGGUUUUGAACCACCGGAAAAACCAUUGAAAAAUAUUUGUAAACCAAUCGAAGUUGAUUUAACAUCAUCGAUUGAACAAUGGCCAAUCCAGCCCAAUUCAUAUGAUAUUAUUUAUUGUAGUAAUGUUGUUCAUAUUAGUCCAUGGUCAUGUUCGAUUGGUUUAUUUACAGGUGCAAAAUAUUGUUUAAAAAAACCAAAUGGUUUAUUAAUAAUGUAUGGACCAUUUGCAUUGAAUGGUAAAUUAGAACCACAAAGUAAUCGUGAUUUUGAUCAAUCAUUACGACAACGUAAUCAAGAAUGGGGUAUACGAGAUAUUUGUGAAUUAGAAAAAUUAGCUGAACAAAAUGGAUUAAUUCUAGAUCAAACAUUCGAUAUGCCAGCUAAUAAUAAGAUUUUAUUAUUUAAAUUUAAAAAUGAUUAAUUGAAUUUUAUUUAC